GAGAGGAGAGGAUAGGAGGGGCAGACACUCAGGAUCUUUCAGCCUCCGCCCGCCUCUCUGCCUCUGCCUCCACCCGACACGACGGCGCAAUACACCUACAGGGGUGGGGGGGCACACAGACACACUGCGGAAAGAGGGGCGAUGGCCGCCGGUGGAGGAUGCGGGGAAUCGGUGGAUCAGUACCGGGCGGAGGUGGAGAGGCUCACCCAGGAGCUGGCCGAGGCCAACCGGGAGAAGAUCCGGGCUGCGGAGUGCGGGCUGGCCGUCCUGGAGGAGAACCAGGCGCUGAAGCUUAAAUAUGCAGAGCUGGAAACCGAUCAAGACAUUCUCAGGAGGGAGCUGGAGCAGUUACAGGAGGCGUUUGGCCAGGCCUACAGCAAUCAGCGCAAGGUUGCAGAGGAUGGAGAGACCAUUGAGGAGACGCUGCUGCAGGAGUCAGCCUCCAAGGAAGCCUACUACAUGGGCCGACUGCUGGAGAUGCAGACGGAGGUAACACUCAGCCGCUCGGUGGCAUCUAAUACCCAAGCGGAGAACGAGAGGCUCAACGCGCUGGUGCAGGAGCUGCGAGAGAGUAAUGAGAUGCUGGAACUACAGCGGAGCAGGAUGAGGGAAGAGAUCAAGGAGUACAAGUUCAGAGAGACCAGGCUGCUUCAGGACUACACCGAGCUGGAGGAGGAGAACAUAACCCUGCAGAAACUGGUUUCCACACUCAAGCAGAGCCAGGUGGAGUAUGAGGGGCUGAAACAUGAAAUCAAAGUGCUGGAGGAGGAGACUGUUCUUCUCAACAGCCAGCUGGAAGAUGCGUUGCGUCUAAAGGAAAUCUCUGAAGGACAGCUGGAGGAAGCCCUAGAUGCCCUCAAGACUGAACGCGAGCAGAAGAACAAUCUGCGGAAGGAACUCGCCCACCACAUCAGCCUGAGUGACAGCGUUUAUGGAGCAGGAGCGCAUCUCGCUCUUACUGUCACUGGUGUUGAGGGUCUAAAAUUCACGGAGGAGACCGGCGGAACAACUGUUCCUAACGGCAGUGCCAUCCCUGCUGCUAAUGGCAACAUGGAGGACAGCAAUCGUUGCAACGGCCACCUUCACCAUGGAACAGGGUUAGCUAAAACAAGGAAGGGAGACGGCCUUGUCCCGGACCUUUUCAGUGAGCUUAACCUAUCUGAGAUGCAGAAGCUCAAGCAGCAGCUGCUGCAGGUGGAGCGUGAGAAGGCAGCUCUGCUCAUGAACCUGCAGGAGUCACAGACCCAGUUGCAGCACACUCAGGGUGUCCUGACUGAGCAGAACGAGCGCGUCCAUCGCCUCACUGAGCACGUCAAUGCCUUAAAACAUCUGAAUGCAGACAAGGAGCUUGAAGACCCGCAAGAGAGUGAGAAACCUGAUGGAGGCUCCCCGUCCCCAUCCUCCAACAGCCACCAUGAUCCUGAUAUCCACGGGUUUGAGAUUCUGGAGUGUAAAUACAAGGUGGCCGUGACGGAGGUGAUCGACUUGAAAGCAGAGCUGAAGGCUUUGAAGGAGAAGUACAACCAGGCUGUGGAGGGGCAGGGAGACUGUCACAAUGAUGACAGAGUCCAGGCACUGACCGAACAGAUUUCACAUUUGGAGCGGAGCUUCCGUGAGAGCCGGGAGAGGGUUGCAAGCCUAGAGGCAGAACUUCGGGCCUCAGCAAACACUGCAACAGAGAGCCAGAGCAUGCUGAAUGCAGCGCAGGAUGAGCUCGUAACCUUUAGUGAGGAACUGGCGCAGCUCUACCACCACGUCUGCCUCUGCAACAACGAGACACCAAACCGUGUAAUGCUGGACUAUUACCGGCAGAGCCGCAGCACACGCAGCGGCAGCCUCAAAGGCUCAGAGGACCACAGGGCUUUGCUCUCUCCUCGCCUGGCGCGACGGCUUGCUGCAGUGUCUGCAGCCUGCCCAUCCGAUUCCCUCCGCAGUCCAAUGGACUCGCCAUCCAAAGACGCCAACCACAGUAACACCCAGAGCAACUCAGUGGACUCUUCAUCUUGUAAUAGCAGCCCCAUCCACAAUAUCACCGGCUCUCCAUCCAUCAGCAUAUCCAGGUGCACGUCACCAGGGCCCUCAGACACAGGCGGGGACCUGCGGAAGGAGCCCAUGAAUAUUUACAACCUGAAUGCCAUCAUUCGAGACCAGAUCAAACAUCUCCAGAGGGCCGUUGACCGUUCACUGCAGCUCUCCAGGCAAAGAGCUGCAGCCAGAGAGCUGGCAACAAUGCUCGACAAGGACAAGGAGUCCUGCAUGGAGGAGAUCCUGAAGCUCAAGUCCCUCCUCAGUACCAAGAGGGAACAGAUAGCCACACUGCGACUGGUCCUCAAAGCAAAUAAACAGACAGCAGAAAAUGCUCUGGCAAACUUAAAGAGCAAGUAUGAGAAUGAAAAGGCGAUGGUGACAGAGACCAUGAUGAAACUGAGGAACGAGCUGAAAGCUCUAAAGGAAGAUGCUGCCACCUUCUCCUCUCUCAGGGCCAUGUUUGCCACCAGAUGUGAUGAAUAUGUCACCCAGUUGGAUGAGAUGCAGAGGCAGCUUGCUGCAGCAGAGGACGAGAAGAAAACGUUGAACUCUCUCCUCCGAAUGGCCAUCCAGCAGAAACUGGCCUUGACGCAGCGGCUGGAGGACCUGGAAUUUGACCACGAGCAGAUUCACCGUGGCCGUGGAGCUAAAGUACCCAAGAUAAAAAGCAGUCCCCCAAAAUUUUUUGUAGAUUGUCAGCAGCCUUCUGCCUCAGUACCGACAUUCUCCCCACAACUAAGGCGAGGGAGAGCCUCCCUAGCCCGCAGUCGUAAAUUUUUGGAAGACCUCGAGGAAUACCAAGCAGUCCUAUCCAGCAGUCGCAGCCUUCUCUCCCCAUGCGACCCACGUAGCUGCCUGGCCCAUCAGCCCCACCCUCCCGGCUCCUAACCCCGCUGCCCCUGCCCAGACCCCUGGUCCUGGUCUGGAAGGAGCCAUGCAGAGGCAGAGACACCCUGGAUGAGAGAGGGGGGUCUUCUCUUCCCUAAGCCCAGCAGUCCAACACUUACUGGACUCUGUUAUCUCCCAUGCGUGUCAUGGUCCGGUUCUGGCUGACACCCUGGCUACCUGGGUCGCAGAAGAGAAGCAAGGCGUGCUUCUGUCAUAUGGAAACGACUUCCUGCAGAGGAAUCAGUAAACCAAGGACAGGGCAGAGGCUGAAAUACCUGUAAUACAGAACUGGAAUCUUUCUGUUAGUUCCCACUAAUAAUAAUUUAUGGACUUUAUUUCUUAUUUAUUUAUUUAUGGAAUUUAUUAUUGCUUGUAUGUUUUCUAAUUUUCUUUUGUCUGAUAUUUUUUUAUAAAAAUGUAAUCCUGCUGUGGAGAAAUGACGAGCUUUAGCAGAUUUACAGUCACAGUCAGUUCUGCUCUCUUUCAGCAAAAAUAAAACAAAAAUAUUUGAUCAUAUGCUUUUUUUAAGAAGAAAAAACACUCACCUAAUAAUACCGUAUAGCCUUUUUUUGUGAGUAUAUCAAACCAGAAAAAAAAAUCCUGUUUUUUAAUAAAGUAGCCCUUAGAUGGCAGUUCAAGCAAACUAAUGAAAGGGAAAAAGGUUGUGUUUUUUGAGGGUUGAUUUCAACUAUUUGUCUUUCCCGGAUUUUUCUUGUGACGCUUAUUUCUGAAUUAUUUGAACGCACUAGUUAUUAGAUACAUUAAGAUUUUUUAUACCCCUUACCGUUAAUUUAUUAUGCAAUGUUUUUUUUUUUUACAACCGAUCCUUGUGAUGUUUGUUGUUCAGCCCUCAGAAAAUGAGUCAAAUAUAUGGGGCUUUUCCCCUGUUUCUUCCUGUCCUGAAAAGGUUUGAAGGGAAACUACUAAAAGUACAGAAAACUCCUUAUCUUGUGCUAAGGUCACUGUUAUGCACACAUUGUAUUGUCUUCACCAAGUAUUUCUUGUUGUUGUAGUAAACAGCCACGGUAACAAUCCUUUUCUUCAUCAUGACACAGGGAGCAACAACAUUGCAGCUUUACUUAUUUGUUUUUCCAGCCGAUCCCUGUAUCGCUGUGUCCCUUAGCUUUCCCCAAACAGAAUGCAGUACAGUACAAGCACAAUUCUGCACUAUGCAUUAGAGCAAUACAGCAGCAUUGGCCACAGACAGAUCUGAGGGAGAUUUGUAUUCAGUUACAACUGUGUCUGUCUGAAAAGGUUAAAAAAAAAGGGUAAAGCCAGUGUUCCAGGUGGAAAAGGGACAAUUUUAUGUGCUAAAAUUGAAAAUAUUGUCCUUUUUUUUUAAAGGAAGAAAAUAUUGAAACUGAAAAAACAUUUGUAACUAAAUUUUCAACAUCUUUUCAACAGCCUCAUAUUAGCUCUUAUGUUUAAGAUCUCCUGGCUGCACUGAUUGUUUUGCCUCCUGGUUUUAAAACCUUAACCUUCUUAGCCAGUAUUAGUGGUUAUAAGGACAUCAUUGAGUGGAUGUCCUGCUCAGUGGGUGUGCUCACUUGUUUUAAUACUAUAGAUUGCUACUUUUGCAACUAUGGAGUGAUGAGAACAUUUGUGGCUCUGAGGUAGCAGCUGAAUCCAUGCUGGUUCAUUAACCUUACCUGGUUUGUUUGCACAACAUCUAUGGACGGAGAGAGGAGGCCAACCUGUGGUUUUGACAAGAAUGCUUGCAGUAUGCUGGAAUAUGGUGGGUUUUACAGUUUCUCCACCGUUUGAAACAGUGUUUAAUUGGUUACACAAACAAAUAAAAGAUUUGUCCUUUG